AUGUUUAUAGGUGAAAAACGAAUCGCGGGCCGUACAUGCGUCGGCCAUUUUGUGUUAUUUUAUCGUCUUGAUCGUAGCUAUAGCUUUGCGCUGCGUUGCAUUGGGAAUAUUUUCAUUGCGACAUUGCGACGGAGCCUGAUUUUACAAAAUUGCAACAUGAAUGAAGAUAAAAGGGCUUAUCAGAAAAUUGAAAAAGCCAUUAUGGAUGCAGUAACCUAA